UUAAAAGAUUGAAAUUCUGAAGAUUUUUGAAAGCCGUCCGAGGAAAUGCCGCUUAAUCCAUGCUUCAAAUUUAAUUCAAGUUAUUAACAAUGCCGGAGUUCGACCUUUAGCGCCGUAGCAAACUGUAUAUAAGCGCGUGAAGGGCGCCUUUUUUUCCAUUUCCUGCCGCACAUACAUUCAAUGCAUUCCCUCUCGUCAUCUAUUGCGUCCUCAGUUCCUGCAAAUUGAACAGUGAUUUGCGAAAUUCGUCUGUGACUUCUCUGGCCAUUCCCUUUUUCUGGACUCACCCUUGAUGAUUUUCUGAAUUCAGUUUACGUACAAUCCAAGGUGCAUUGUUGCUGUUGAAGAACACUUCCAACUUUGCCUAGAAGAAGGCUUCAGAUUUUUUUUUGGUGCGAAAAUUAACUUUUAGAGAUGGUUUUAUAUGAAAACUCAGAUAUUAUUCAGUGGGGUCUUCAUCUUCUUGAUGGCGACCCUAGUUACAAUCCAGGAUACUAUGGUGACAUAGUUCAACAUGAUACCGGUAACAUAUAUGAUGGAAACUACCACCAUGGCCAUUAUGAUGCUCAGAGUAAUCAUACAGAAAAUGAUGAGAUGAUUGCUCGGACUCUUCAAGAAGAAUUUUCACAGCUAGACAUAGCUGAAAGUUCCGGAUAUUCACAGGCAACUGAGGAGCAUUACCAUGCUCCUGCGCUGGCAUAUGGAGGGCAUAACUCUUCAAUGAUGGACUAUUGCUCACAAGACCAUGACCAUGUCCAGGAAGGGGUUGAUGAUGUUGAACAUUCUAGUUCAUGUUCUAGUCCUUGUGAAGUUGGAGAAUACUCAUUAGAGCUGACUGAUCCACUUAACGAUGAAGUGGGAAGGAGAUUGAGUCAAAUGACGCCAAUUCCUCAUGUUCCAAGAAUUAAUGGAGAUAUUCCUUCAAUUGAUGAAGCAACUUCAGAUCAUCAAAGGCUUCUGGAUAGAUUGCAGUUAUAUGACUUUGUAGAGCGCAAGGUACCAGGUGAUGGUAAUUGUCAGUUUCAUGCAUUAUCUGAUCAAUUGUAUGGCACACCUGAGCACCACAGUGUUGUGAGACGACAAGCAGUAAACCAGCUUAAGUCUCAUCAGAUUUAUGAGGGAUAUGUUCCCAUGGAAUAUGGCGAAUAUUUGGAGAAGAUGUCUAAGAGUGGUGAAUGGGGUGAUCAUGUCACUCUUCAAGCAGUUGCAGAUUCGUACGGUGUGAAAAUAUUCUUGAUUACUUCUUUCAAGGAUACCUGUUGCAUAGAGAUACUUCCUCAUUUUGAGAAGCCGAAAAGAGGACUUUCAAGAUCAUGCAAUGGCGCCUUCACAAAAAAUUUAUUUUCCUGAGCUUUUGGGCAGAGGUGCAUUACAACUCCAUCUAUCCUCAAGGAGAUAUGCCUUCGAUCGAGUCAAGGAGGAAGAAAAGGUGGUGGAACUUUGGGAGCAAGCACUAGAAUCGGGCGAGCCAGGGGAGCACGCCUGAAUUUAUGCACAUUUUCCUUGGUUCAGGACUGACGGACUGUUCUCAAAUCUCUACCAGCCAAUUUAUUACUAUAACAUUCCAAUAGAUUUUUCUUUCUGUAACCAUAACUCUGGUAAUGCCUAACUAGUCGCAUCCCAGGUAAAUUUUGGGAUGCCAUGCCUUAUGAAAGAAGGCCAGUUUUAUACACACGUUUCAUUUAAUAAUGAGUGAUUUUCAACACACAAA